GCUGGUUACAAAAAUCCUAACACCACGGACUAACUAGCUAGCUUUUUUCGUCCAUUUUGUUUUGCUGUUAGCUAGUUUAUUGCAGAGAUGGAAGACGGUGAAGAGCCGGGUUUAGUUCACUCUCACAGCUCUACUUCUGGGUCAAAAUCGAGCAGUGACAAGAUGUUUUCUCUCAAGAAAUGGAAUGCUGUUGCAAUGUGGAGCUGGGAUGUGGAGUGCGAUACAUGCGCCAUUUGUAGGGUCCAAGUUAUGGAUGCAUGCUUGCGGUGUCAGGCUGAAAAUAAACAAGAGGACUGUGUCGUGGUAUGGGGAGAGUGCAACCACUCUUUCCACAAUUGCUGCAUGUCUCUCUGGGUGAAGCAGAACAAUCGCUGUCCACUGUGCCAGCAGGACUGGGUCGUACAGAGAAUCGGCAAAUGAAGUGCCUCUAACUUCCCCAUCCUUCCACUGCAAGUUUGGACAGGAGACAGGACUGAAUACUGCAACCUUCUAUGUACAUUGUGUGUGCAUGCUGCUGUCAUUCCUUCGAUGCUAAGAUAUAGAUUGAAUGCCCAAUAUCCUGGUGAAGAGGUCCUUGCCCCACUCUUUGAUGGAAAUGUCGGCAGGUGCAGGGCGAUGCUGAAGAACUGAAGAUAGGUGCUGCGCUUGGUGUCAUGGUUAACAUUUUUGUGUCGUCCAAGAUGUUUUUGUGAGAGAAAAAAGUUAGUUAUUAAAAUAAGUCUAAGCGUA